GGAUGCAAGCCCUCCUCUCUCCUGCUCUGUAGCAUAUAUUCUCUUACCCAUCUAACCAUCUCUAUCAUCUCAUUCAUUCCCAAGGGCGUCACAAGGGGGGACAAGACCCGACUGCAAGGCGCAUGCAUGUGUGCGUGUGUAUGCACGAGUCCUCCGCGUGUGCGUAUCUGUUCUGCCUGUGGAACCGCUGGCAUGAGGAGCUGAAACAGACCCGACAGAAGGAUGAAAAUGCUCCGGUUUCGCAGCCCAAGCAUUCGCUCCUUGGACCAGGAGGUCCUCUGCACGAUCCGGCUACUGGACGACUCCGAGAUCUCCUGCAGCAUCCAGAGAGACACCAAGGGCCAGUUCCUGUUGGACCAUGUGUGUAACCACUACAACCUGCUUGAAAGAGACUACUUUGGUAUCCGAUAUGUGGACCCCGAGAAACAGAGGCACUGGCUGGAGCCCAAUAAGCCCGUGGUGAGGCAGAUGAAGUCAGCCCAUCAGCCGUACACGAUGUGUUUCCGGGUCAAGUUUUAUCCCCACGAGCCAAUGAAAAUAAAAGAGGAACUCACCAGGUAUCUGCUGUACCUCCAGCUGAAGAGGGAUAUAUACCACGGCCGUCUCCUCUGCCCUUUUGCUGAAGCUGCAUAUCUGGGAGCCUGCAUCAUACAGGCUGAGCUCGGGGACUACGACCCAGAAGAGCACCCGUCAGACUACAUCAGAGACUUCAAGCUGUUCCCUAAACAAUCCCUCAAACUGGAAAGGAAGAUUAUGGAGAUACACAAGAAUGAGCUCAGGGGCCAGUGCACUUCAUUUGCAGAGCUGAACAUGCUCCAAAGGGCUCACAGCCUGGAGACGUAUGGUGUGGACCCUCACCCCUGCAAGGAUUUCACAGGCUCCACAGCUUUUCUAGGGUUCACUGCCACAGGUUUCGUGGUCUUCCAGGGAAACAAGAGGAUCCAUCUUCUAAAAUGGGCUGAUGUUAGCAAGCUGAAGUUUGAAGGGAAAACCUUUUACGUUAUCGGGAUUCAAAAAGAGAAGAAACUGGUGCUGACAUUUCACACCUCGACCCCUGCUGCAUGUAAGCACCUAUGGAAGUGCGGGGUGGAGAACCAAGCCUUUUACAAGUGUGCAAAGUCGAGUCAGAUAAAGACAGUUUCCAGCAGUAACAUAUUCUUCAAAGGCAGCAGGUUCAGAUACAGUGGACGAGUAGCCAAGGAGGUGAUAGAAGCCAGCUCUAAGAUAAAGAGAGAGCCACCAGAAGUACGCAGAGCCCAGUUUGGUCAGAGUCGAAGUUUUAACUCUUUGAGCCAUAAAAACCUCAUCAUGAACAUGGAGCCACUGGUACCUGCACUGCCCUCCACCAACGAAUACGAAGAGACGGCCGCAGACCACGCUGUUGUUGCUGUGAAGGACUCUGUCCUGUUGUCUCCUCUCGAACCUUCAGCUACUCCCCCAGACGCAGAGCAGCUAAGUACCGAGAGAGGAAACGACCUGCAGCCUUCCCGUGUUUCCAUGGAAACCUCAAAUCACCGACCUCACAUGCCAAAAGCUGAAGAUGAAGUGGAGGAAGACGAUGAAGCCAGCGGACCACUGACCAUAUCUGAACUUGUCUACAGCCCUUGUGCCAGCAUGCUGCCCACCCCAGUGGACGACAGUCAGGGAGGGGUCGAUCUGCUCUUCUCCUCUCCGGUGCAGAGCCCUGCCCGGAUGUUGAGGGAGCUCCAUGCCGACCCCGACAUCCAGGCCCAGCUGGAAGCUGAGAGACAGCGAGAUCAGGCCUAUGAACGCACCCGUCUGGCUGCAAGGAGUCGGAUGGGGGGGGUCCUGACUAGCAGCCUACGUCUACUGUCGUCCAAUGAGAGAGUCAAUGCUUGCAUGCUGAGCGUGGCCCGCUUUGUUGCUGUUGUAAUGGGGGUCCUGCUUGUUACUGUACCCACUCUGCUGCUGCUGCUGGAAUCUGACAUUGAUGUGUCGUUCCUCCACGAGAUCCGCCAGACGCCGGAGUUUGAGCAGUUUCACUUUGAGUACUACUGCCCACUCCGGCGCUGGAUCCUGUGCAGGAUCAGCAUGGCCAUGGAGAACCUGUGGUCAGACUGAAAAGAGAGAGGAUUCAGGGCAGGGGGAAACACAUGUGCCCAAACGUCUGUCUUAACAUGUAAUUUAAUCUUAAAUUCAGUGACAACAAGUGGUGGAACAAAAGAGCCCAAUGUCUGCCCAAUGGAUGAAAGGAUUUCACUUGUUUCUGACCUGUUCUUCGACCAGGUGCAAUGGAGCUUUAAUGAGGGCUCACAAAAUUCCAGUAGGCAGUCUUGUAAAAAAGGCCUAGAUAGUUGCACUGUCAUGCCUUUUUGUAAUACAUUGUCUCUAAAUUGGAUAACACAGAAACAAGUAGAUUUGUUUCACCCCGUUGGCAGCAUAAUUAAGUGUAUUGAAGAAAAAAGAGAUAAUACAGAACAACAUUUGAAUCUUGGGAUCCAAGACACCUUUGGCAGUGAUAACAGAAAGGAAAGGACAAGAAAUGCUGUACGUUUUCAAAGACAAACCUGCAAAAGGGAGACUUUAUGAAAACAAAAACAAGGGAAGUCAUGGACAGGAAAACUUAGAAAAACAUGCAAAGAAGCAUGCAAGGAUACAAAAGGUUGGUUCUGUUUUAAAGUUUAAAAGGUCGGUUCACUCCUGACGCUGACUAGCUGAUGCAAUGACUCUGGUAAAUAAGACAAACCAUUCUGAUUGGUUCUUGCCCUCAGAAUGGAGCACCUGAUUGGUCACCAAACCUGUCAGUCAUGACGGAGUGGGCGGGGGAGAGAAAUUAUUGAUUUGUCACUGAACGCAACAGUCAGAGGUACAUUAUAUAUAUAUUUAAAAACUAAAGAGAAAUAUGAAUAAUAUAAAACCAAUCUUAAAUAAGUUGUUUUUAACAUUUUGUACAUUUUUAUGUGAUCCAGAUCUUUCAGGAAUUUUUCAGUCAGAGGAUCUACCUUGAGCUUAUUUUGAAAUUAAGAGUUUACAAAAGAUUAAAAAAACAAACAAAUUUAUUAAAGUUUAUCGGGGUGAUGGGCGAUGAGAAAUUUAAGAUAUUUUUUAAGAGUACUGUCAGCAUUUGUUGCCUCCAUAGCUCCCUGGGUUUUUCCUACAGAGGCUAUAGCACAAAUCUUUUACAAGGAUCACAGAUUCAAACUGUUUCAGAUUACGUGAUGUCAUUUUGGAAACAGGAGGGCAACAGAGGAGAGAAACUUUCUGUUUGUGAUGAUAAAACUUGUGUUUUGUUGAACUUUUAAAUGUCUUCUGAACUACAUGUUAAGUCAGUAAUAGUGCAUCUCUCAGUGUGUUUUAAGUCAGAUUGAACAUUAAACCAUUUUUAAAAAAUGCUAAAGAAGGAAAAGCUGACCUCUAAUGGUCGGUCGAAUUUGGAUUUGGGGUCAUUUGUUCAGUCCAUGGUAUGCUACUGUUAGGACAGCUCUGUGUUUGUCUCAGAUUCAAAGGGAUUCCCAGAAGAAGAUGUUUUUGUACUCCAAAUAUACAGCUACGUGACACAUGAUGGGAAAAGUGAUGGUGUUAAUCUUGAGCAGGACUACCAUUGCAGGUAUUAAACUUCAGUAUUUUAAUCACUAAAUCAAAUUAAAAUGAAUUUGUAGCCAUUAUUUAAGAAGAUCUGUGCUAACAUUAUGCUGAGCAUCAUUUAAAUGACUGUAACUGUUUAUACCCUUAAACAGAAAAUAUGCCAGUAUUUUUAUCAUUUGGAUGUCAGUCACUAAUAAGUUAUCAGGAGUUUUAGAUGGGGAGGAUGUUUGAAGAAUAAGAUUCUGUUUUUUUGGACAUAAGAUGUGUUCACACACAAGGAUGUUUAUGUGUGAAGUAAAUUUGGAGCAGCGUCAUGAAAAUACCGAAAUGGUUUUAGUAAAACAAUUCUAACAGUAGAAGCUUCAAUUUUGGGAACUUGAAGCUGUAGCACGUGAUUUUGUGUCACUCCGACAGUGCCUGUCAGUAACAGUGGCUCUGCAUGGAGAAGAAACCGAGAGUUACAGCGAUGAGAGUUUCUUCAGAUCAAAUGAAAACAGAUGUAAAGAAAAAAGGAAGAAGUUCUAUUUGAAAUGUAGUACGAUUUCAAUUAAAUUUCUCAGGAAAGGGCAUUAGCAGUUUAUGUUCAAAAUAACAACUAUAUGUCUAAAAAAAAGAAAAGAAAAACACAUUAAAUCACAGCAUACAGUUUAUGCAUAGCAUUCAUACAGUACAUGUCUUGCAUAUAAACACUGUAUGUCUUUAUACCAAGUCUGUAGCUCGAUAUAAAUAUAGGUGCAGAUUGUCUGUCUUAUUGUAGCAACAUUAUACUCAAUGUCAUGUGCAUCCAAACAUAUUACCGAAAAAGUCUUGACUGUUGAGAGCCAGUACCUGCAGUUUGACCAUCAUAGCUGAAGCUCUGUACGGCUUUAUCUAUUCUUUUAAACUGAUCAAAACAGGAGUAGCAACAUCAGUCUUGAGCUCUCUCUCAAAACUCUCUCACACUGUAUGUAGGCUCUUAAAAGCUGAACUAAUGCUUUAAAUUUUAUUUUCCGAAUAUCUCCAUAAUCUCAACUGCUAGAGGCCGCUGCACUGCACAUCGCCGUCAAAACCCUCUAACCCCCCCACAAAAUGUAUUAUGUACAUUUUAUCAGCUGGGUUGUCGUGUAGCUCUGUGAACUUUAUGCAUCAACAAGCUAUAUGCAUAUAGAUAAUAUGCAGUAACAACGGAAACAAGCUGCGACAAAGUAUUUAUUUUCCUAUUACAGCACAUGCACUGAGUUUCACUGCUGAAACCAAGGGCCAAACCGCUAUCAAGACCACAUUUUGCAUUUAACAUCGCAGGCUCUGAGCUUCACUGUAGUGGGUGAAACUGAUCUGUAUGCACUGUUAAAUAAUACCAUCCUCCCAUGGUAACUAACAAAGUAUUGGGAUAUCAUCAUGAACUAUCGUCUCGUCUUCAUGUUUAACUGUUGCUCAUCCGCUAUGCACAUGUACCAAAAUGCUUGAGAUAUUCCCAGUAGAUUUUAAAUAGAAGUUCCUCUGUAUAGGCUUCAUGUACACAGCUGUAUAAACAUAGUGUGUUCUGGCUUUGGUCCUUUAUUUCUGUGCCUCAUCGUCAUAUAGCUAACCCAGGGUAUCUGACUCUGACCUCUCAAUCCAAAUGGCAUGCCUUCAUCUGUAAAUACUGCGUCUAUAGUUUAUAGUUGUGGCAACAAAAAAAAAUUCUCUCUUUCUUCCCUCUGCGUGUCUUGUCCAUAUAGAGCAAUCCAGAUUUAGGCCGGGCUGACUGGACCAUCGUAGACAAAUGCAUGUUCUCUCUGUUUUACUGAGAGGAGGUCAUCUUAAAAAUGUUGUGAUCUCAUUUAGAAAUCCAAAACACGUCAUGCAGGGUGGUUUGGUUAAUUUUACCAAUUCAACUGACAAGACUGAAUACAUGUGGUUGCUUAUUUUGUUAGCUUCCUAUCAGUUAACCUACCAACAAAAUAUGUGCUCAAAGAUGAGAACUUCUUGCUGGCUGCUUGCUUGAAUAAAAAUGUUACCAUCUCUAAAGAGCAGCUAAAAAAUAUUUGACUAGUUAGUUAAUUGUGCUUUUGCUGUGUGCGUGAAUCAUUUUAGUCAGAUGCUAAAUGCUAUCACCCUCACCUCAUUGCUAACGGAGCAUGCAAUUAAUUGAAUCAAUCGAAUUCAUUUUAAAGUAAAGAUGUUCACUUUCGAACGUAAACUCAUUGCAAACAACAAGAGGUCGUUCUGUGAUCAAACAGAUAUCUGGCCCUACAUGACACGGUAGCAUUUGAUUAGUUUGUAGCUCAUUCCAGUUUAGCCUUUAUGAGUUUAAAGGGGAAUUUCACUCUUUUGAGAUUCAGCUCUUGUUUUGAGCUACUUGAGUUUCUUUGUUUUACAGCAUAUAGAAGGACCGAGAGUACAACUUCUGUUGCCUGUGCUGACAUAAAACUGUGAUUAAAAACAUCACUAAAGUUCA